AUGAAGGCGACAACGGCAGCGUCGGUUUUGGCCCUAAUCUGGGAGGGAGCUACAGCUCAAGACUACAAUGCUGCACCCCCAGAUCUCGCAACUCUCCCCGCACUCUCCUUGUUUGAGACUUGGAGGCCACAUACCCAUGUCCUCCCACCCUACGGCCAGAUCGGUGACCCAUGUGCACACUACACUGAUCCCGAGACAGGCUCUUUCCACGUUGGGUUCCUCCACAAUGGUACUGGAAUUGCCGCUGUCCAGACCGAUGAUCUUGUCCAUUAUUACGAUGUGAGACCUAAUGGCAACUACUCCAUCGUGGCCGGCGGUCCCAAUGACCCCCUUGCCGUUUUCGAUGGCUCUGUCAUCCCUAGCGGAGUCGAUGGGAAACCGACACUUUUAUACACCUCCGUGUCGGCCCUACCAAUCCACUGGACGCUUCCUUAUGUCCGAGGAAGUGAAUCACAAUCUUUGGCGGUCACCUACGACGGUGGAAAGAACUUCACCAAGCUGGAUAUCCCUCCUGUUAUUCCGGAGCCACCAGCAGACGUGGACGUAACGGGUUUCCGCGACCCUUUCGUAUUCCAAAAUGCGGAACUCGAUCAAACCCUUGGUAGUGCCGAGGGUACCUGGUACACCAUCAUUUCAGGUGGCGUUCGUGACGUCGGCCCUGGCUUGUUCCUCUACCAGAACACCAGCCCCGACUUCGAGCAAUGGGAGUAUCUUGGUGAAUGGUACAAUGAGCCGGCCAACUCAACCUGGGGAAAUGGCGACUGGGCUAAGACCUUCGGCUACAACUUCGAGACUAGCAACGUCUUCGGUCUCACCAGUGAGGGAUACAGCUACAACGGCAGUCCUUUCCUAACCAUUGCCGUGGAGAGCUCACUCGAUCCCAUUCAGGACUCGGUAUCCUCACUCCAUGCCCAGCUCUGGGCAGCAGGCUCAAUCGAAAUCCCUGAGGGUGAAAACGUGACAUUCAGCCCUAAUAUGGUUGGUGUAUUUGACUGGGGCUUGGCUGCCUACGCAGCCGCCGGCAAAGUCGUACCCGCAUCUUCCCAAGCCUCCACUGCGAGCGGCGCCCCGGAUCGCUUUAUCAGCUACGUCUGGUUGACUGGAGAUGUUUUCGGAGGAGUUGUUGGCUUCCCAGCUGAGCAGCAAGGAUGGCAAAACACCCUGUUGACCUCUCGCGAGUUGUACCUCAAAACCAUCACCAACGUGGUCAACAACGAUCUCGUCGCGGAGACUGGAUCGUGGCGUUUGGCCACUGGCUCCGACUCACUCGGCAACUGUGUUGAGCUCGAAACACUUGGAAUCGAAAUUGCCCGGGAGACAUACGACGCUAUGACGGCUGCCCCUAGCUUCACCGAACCAGACCAGACGAUCACUAGUGCCGGUGUUACUCCCUUCACUCGCUCCCCGGAAACUAAGCACUUUAUCCUCGAGGCUGAGAUUAGCUUCAACGCCCGUGCUUCUGACCUGCAGGCCGGUUUCCAGAUCCUGGCAAAUGAGUUUGAGUCCACCACCAUCUUCUAUCAAUUCUCUAACGAGUCCGUCAUGAUCGAUCGCUCCAGAACGAGCGCCGCUGCAGACACGACCACCGGUAUCGAUGCAUCACCGGAAUCUGGCCGUCUUCGUCUGUUUGACAUCAACGACUGGUGUUCGUUCAAAGACAACAAUGGUGGCCACGGCGGCCAGGGAGGCCACGCCGGAAAUGGCCACCACAACUGUGGUGGAAAGGGCGAGAAGGGUGAACAUCCCUCGACUAGCUGCCAGACCGGCCCUGCGUCCGGAAGCGAUGCCCAGACCUCUUACUCCACUGAACUUGGUGGGGAGCACAUUGAGACUCUUAGCCUGACUGUUGUUGUUGACAACUCCGUCCUGGAGGUUUACGCCAACUCUCGCUUCGUGUUGUCUACCUGGGUCCGUCCUUGGUACCAAAACUCGACUGAGAUUCGCUUCUUCCAGAACGGAGAGGGUGAAUCGUCUUUCAGCAACAUUCGUGUUGCCGAUGGGUUGUACGACGCUUACCCAGAGAGACCUCAGUGA